UUCUCUGUCCAAAAACCCUAGCCUCCCACACCCCCCCACCCCCAAAAAUGGCAGCAGCGGCCGUUCGCCCACUCGUCAAUGUCCAAACCUUAGAAGGAGACAUGGCCACCGACGCCGCCCCGACAGCCCCUCUUCCCGACGUCAUGAAGGCGGCCAUCCGCCCCGACGUCGUCAGCCACGUCCACGACAACAUUUCUAAAAACAAACGUCAGCCUUACGCCGUCUCCAAACGCGCCGGUCAUCAAACCUCCGCCGAAUCCUGGGGUACCGGCCGUGCAGUCUCACGUAUCCCACGUGUACCAGGUGGUGGAACCCACAGAGCAGGCCAAGGUGCUUUCGGUAACAUGUGUCGUGGUGGCCGCAUGUUUGCUCCAACCAAGAUCUGGCGCCGUUGGCACCGGAAAAUCAACGUUAACCUGAAACGGUACGCUGUCGUUUCGGCCAUAUCUGCUUCGGCUAUUCCUUCUCUUGUGAUGGCGCGUGGUCACCGUAUCGAGUCAGUUCCGGAGCUUCCUCUUGUGAUUUCGGAUUCCGCUGAGAGCGUCGAGAAGACUUCGGCUGCUAUUAAGGUCUUGAAACAGAUCGGGGCAUAUGUGGACGUCGAGAAGGCGAAAGAUAGCCAGGCCAUUCGUCCCGGAAAGGGCAAAAUGAGGAAUCGCCGCUAUAUUUCUAGAAAAGGCCCAUUGAUUGUGUACGGUACCGAGGGCGCUAAGCUGGUAAAGGCAUUCCGGAACAUUCCAGGUGUUGAAAUAGCUAAUGUGGAAAGGCUGAAUUUGCUCAAGCUUGCUCCCGGUGGUCAUCUGGGACGUUUCGUGAUCUGGACUAAAUCAGCUUUUGAGAAGCUUGAUUCGAUCUACGGGACUUUUGAUAAGCCUUCUGAGAAGAAGAAGGGGUACGUGCUACCCCGUCCCAAGAUGGUUAAUGCUGAUUUGGCUAGGAUUAUUAACUCUGAUGAGGUCCAAUCGGUUGUGAAGCCAAUUAAGAAGGACGUGAAGAGGGCGCCAAUGAAGAAGAACCCUCUUAAGAAUUUGAAUGCUAUGUUGAAGCUUAACCCAUAUGCUAAAACUGCUAGGAGAAUGUCUCUAUUGGCUGAAGCUCAACGAGUGAAGGCCAAGAAGGAGAAGCUCGACAAGAAAAGAAAACCCAUCUCUAAGGAGGAGGUAGUUGCAAUCAAGUCAGCAGGAAAGGCAUGGUAUCAGACAAUGAUCUCUGAUAGUGACUACACAGAGUUCGAGAACUUCUCUAAGUGGCUUGGUGUAUCACAGUAAUUUAGUACUAUUCCAUUUAGAAAUUCUCCUGGACGAUAUUUUGUUAAUUGGUUUUGUUUUGGUGUUGAAUUUUAUAUAUUUGCUGUUUAUGUUAUAUGGAUGAGUGGAGUGGAAGGCUUUACUUCCCUCUUUUAUGUCCGUUUUUCUGGCUAGGUGGAACAAUUUCAUUUACAAUGAGAAAAAGUAUUAGACAUUUUAGAACUGCAGGUUCUUUUUUGGUACUGAAA